GACAAGUAAAGUUACCUGUGAGCCUUUCCAAGCGACUUGUAGCCUUUCCUAAGCUUAGCUGCAGGGCGCAUAUCUUGUAGCUUACUCCCGGUGAACAUGUAUUGAGCUCCAGGUCCUAUCAAAUGGGGUAGGUAGGGACAACUAUAUGUGUGCCUUAGAUUUCAGGAUACAAUUAGCCAAGGCUGCUAAGAUCCAAGGCUACGAGCUUGGAAACGAAAGCCGAAUCAUUACUCCAUGACGACUUGCGCGGCUGCAUCGAACACACACACCAUCAAAUAAUCUACAUUAAUUCACCCACCUUUCUCCGAUUCCCUUUCAACCUCAACACCAACCAACACCUUCAAUCACAACCAUGAAUAUCGUCGAAUGGGCAUUUGGCAAGCGCAUGACGCCUGCGGAGCGACUGCGCAAACAUCAGCGAUCGCUGGAAAAAACGCAGCGCGAACUCGAUCGCGAGAGAACGAAGUUGGAAAAUCAGGAGAAGAAAUUGAUUCAGGAAAUUAAGAAGAGUGCGAAGAAUGGACAGAUGGGGGCGGCGAAGAUUCAGGCCAAGGAUUUGGUGAGGACGAGGAGAUAUGUGGAGAAGUUUUAUAGUAUGAGGACUCAGUUGCAGGCGAUUAGUUUGAGGAUACAGACGGUACGAACAAAUGAACAAAUGAUGCAAGCCAUGAAAGGUGCAACAGGAGUUCUCGGCAGCAUGAACCGAAGCAUGAAUCUCCCCGCGCUGCAACGAAUCGCGAUGGAAUUCGAAAAGGAAAAUGAUAUUAUGGAUCAGAGACAAGAAAUGAUGGAUGAUGCGAUUGAUGAUGUCACCGGUCUGGAAGAUGAGGAAGAGGGUGAGGAAGUCGUAGAACAGGUUUUGGAGGAGAUUGGAAUCGAUUUGAAAGCGGCGAUGGGGGAGACUCCGCAGGGAUUGCAGAGUCAGGCGGUGGCGGAGGGGAGGGUCGCGCAGGCUGUUGGGGGUGGUGGGGGGCCUGGCGGGGCGGAUCCCGGAGAUGAUGAUUUGCAGGCGAGAUUGGAUAGUUUGAGGAGGGAUUGAUUGAUCUAUUGAUUUGUUUAUUGAUCAGGGGGGUGGAGGGAGGGGUGAGAAUUCAUUGAAUGAGGUCACAUGCAAAUCGAUUCUGUAAAAGAGGACACUCAUUUGUCGGUAUAAUGGUCAGAUGAGAUGGAAAGAUACAUGAUGUUUGUCGAUCCACACACGUACAAUUCUUUCAUCGGCGUUACUCGCAGGAUUGCGGAAGGCGUUUUAUUAGCGGUUGUGGUUUGGGUCUGUUAUGGAUGGGUUUUACAGAUUUUUUUUAUUUUUUUCAUAAUCUUCUGUCUAUCUGUCUGUCUGUCUGUCUCUCUGUCUUUUACCUUGCCUUGCGUAAAUAGGGAGGAGGUUUUGAGGAUGCGAGUCCAAGGAUGCGAUGGGAUGGGAUGGGAUGGGAUGGGAUGGGAUGGGAUGGGAUGGGAGGAUGGGAGGGUUCUAGUUUUCUUGUUGCUUAUGAGUAGAUACAUAUAUUUACAUAUUUAUUCAUUCAUGCAUUCAUAAAUAGAGAAUAAAUCGGGAAUCAAUAAGAUCUGUUGUGUUA